CCAAAAAGAAAAUAAUCCCCAAUCCCGUCCCGACUCCCUACGCCGCCGGUGGAUUCUCGCCGCGGCGUCGUCCACCAAAGAGGCGCUCUCGCGCCGGGGACCUCCUCCCUCUCGCUGUCACCUUCGCGGAGAAGCCACUCCGUCCCCCUGUCGCGUCACCGUCGUCUUCGCCGAGGAAGCCCGCCUUGCCGCCGGCGAUGGUCGCCGCGCAGGAGCCGAGGAAGGAGUGCCCGCCGGACCUCACGAGCGGGCUCUUCAGGGCCGACGACUUCUGCACCUACAGCCCCAAGCAACUGGACGGCGAAGAUAGGCUCAGUACCCUGACCGACGAUCUUUUACUGUCCAUCUUGGGGAGAGUCAGUUCACGUGUAGCUGCAAGGACAAGUGUGCUCUCUACACGGUGGAGGCAUCUUAGUUGGUGGCUGCCUGAGCUCAGCAUCAAUGUCAAGGAUGUCCUAUCUGCUCCGUGUGCUGACCCUAUUGAGGCAAAUGAUAUGGAACAAGCUAUGGCGUCUUUAACCAAAGCAACCAGGAGUUUGUUGGAUAAACAACAGAGAGAAUCCAGUAUCUCAAGUUUGCACCUUAACUUGAUCAGCAAUUUCCUUUGCGAAGUUGGCCAACUGAUAGGUGAUGCAAUCGACAGUGGUUUGUUGAAAGAUUUGGAUCUCACCAUUCUUGAUGAGAUAGAGCCUCUCGACUGUAGUGAGGAAGAGCUGCAACAGCGAGCUCAAGACAUAGAUGCUUUUUUCACUGCCUACCCUAGUGUGCUCCUCUGCCUCACAAAGCUCUCUCUAAAAAAUGUAGGCUUUGACAAAUUGGACAUGCACCAUCUCCUGUUUGACUGCUGCAAGCAACUGACGCAUCUAACUCUUCAUCAUUGUGAUACUGGUUCCUUCUCUCUCUUUAAGAUUGAUGCACCAGGCUCAAAACUCCGUGUUCUAGAAAUCGAGAAGUGUCGCUUUCUGAGAAUCGACCUGGUGUGCCUCCCGAAAUUAGAGAAGUUCUUAUGGGAGACCUGGGUAUCUCAGGUUGCCCCAUUGACCUUUGGUUUUGUCCCAUCUCUUGGGGAAUUAGAACUCUCAAGUGGUUCAAAUUGUGAUCAACGGUUAUUUAGAUUAAGUGAACUUCUACAUGGAGUAACAAGCAUACAUACUCUCACAUUGGAUUUCCAAGGAGAAACCCUUUGGGUGCAAGCUGAAAUGGAGGAACUUCGCACCGCAUUCAGCAAACUAAGGAAGCUGUUCGUACGUGGUAUAUUUGUUGAAUUUGACAUUUCAUGGACGACAGCCUUUCUUGUAGCAGCACCAUCUAUCGAAAUGUUGCAUAUUGAGGUAUGGGAACAUACAUGCGAUGUGGGCGAGGCCAGACCUGCUUCCUACCAUGACAGAAAGAGUCCUCGGUGGGAAAUGCACUUGGACAGCAGCUCCCAGAACAGGCUUCUAAAAGAGCUAGAAUUUGCUGGAUUUAAAUCACUCGAACAACAGUUUACAUUUAUAAGAUCCAUGUUGGAGCGAUGUCCCAACUUGCAGAAGAUAGUUCUGAGAGAUGAGGAGCAGUGCGAUGACUGCGACACCCUUAAGGUACCUCGUCCUUCGAGAUUUCCAAGGAAGGAAGAUGAGCAAGAAAUGGUGGUUAAGCGGAUUAGAGAUGAAAUGUUUGUUGAUGGUCUUAGCCAGGACGCUAUAUGGCUACAUGGUGCAUUAAGUGUGUGCUUUGUGCUAAUUUUUCUUUUUCUUUUUUUGCUUCCAUAAUUUCCUUUAUUUUUAAAAAUGGCGUCCAGUGAGGAGGAAAGAAAUACAUGUUCAUAUCGCCAGAGACGUUAUUUUCCUAUGGUCCGUAGCAAU